AUGGCAGCCUCAAAGCCCAAUGGCACUGGAAAGAAAACCAGCAAGAACGAAGGACUGCCGUGGCUAACAAUCGCGUCGUCUAGACCCUUCCGGUUUGUGGUGGGCCCGGAAAAGCGCGAGUUUACAAUCAGCUCGGCCCUGGUCGCACAUCAAUCGCCUACUCUCCGGACACUCGUCGAGGGCGACUUCAGUGAGGCCCGGGAUGGAAGUGCCACGCUGGACUGGGUCGACGAGGACACCUUCACUCGAUUCAUACAGUAUGCCUACACCGGAGACUACGACGCGGCCGACGAUAAUGUUGCGAUCGCUCCCAUUAACCGAUCGGGGCGUCGGCCGGCCAAGGUACAAGAACCCGAACCGGUCAAAGAAGAACCGAAGCCGCGCAAGAGAGGCCUCAAGAGACCGGAUCGGGGGGAAGGGCCCAAGAGACAACGACUGGAAGUGCCCGAGGGACAACGUCUGAUGGAGCCCCCGAUCAUAGUUAAAAAGCCCCAAAAGGAGUGCAGUUACAAAACCAUCGACCCCGAUAACAGAAAGGGCGGAAAGCGCGGCCUCUGGGAGAGGUUCAGCCAGGCCGCCAACCGGUUUAAUCAGGCCAAGUUCAGACUCACCACGAACCCCGAGGAAGAUCACAGCCAAAUCUUCCUCUGCCAUGCCAAGAUGUACAUCUUUGCCGACUACUACGGCAUUUUGGAUCUCAUGAACCUGUCUCAAAACAAGCUCGGCCAGGUGCUUUUCCCCUUCAAGCUCCGCGGCGAAAGAGUGGCAGACUUUGUCACAUUGGUGCGGUACUGCUACGACGUGCCCGCGCCAACGGCGCUGCAGGAGUUCAUCAUGAUGUACGCGGCGUGCAAAGCCGAGGUGCUAUGGAAAGACGCCGGGUUUCAGGACCUCGUCGAGGAGACCCAGGAGCUGUCGUUUGCUUUGAUCAAGCAGGUGAUGGGGCCGCAGUAG